UCCCAGUAACUUUACGUAUAUGUAGGUCUCCUCAUUCUCACAGCCGACUUUGUGCUCGCGAAACGACGAACACUACUACAUAUAGGGUUUUUCUCAUUAUACGCGUUGAAUACUAAUCUUGAUCGCUCUCCGGAUUCGCGUCCUUGAUUGGGGAAAAAAAGAAAAGGGAAAGAAAACGAUUGUUUCAUCGAGUUUCCAGUCCAGCGAGCCCAAUUCCAGUUACCGGCUUUGUAUUGAUUUGAUUGAUCUGAGAGAUGGGUUUCAAUUCAGUUUAUCGCAUGUUGCAGAAUGUCUUUCCACAGGUUGAUACUCGUGUACUGAGGGCUGUUGCUAUCGAGAACCCGAAAGAUCCUGAUACAGCUGUGGAAGUUGUUCUAACGGAGGUUAUUCCUUAUUUGUCGAAAGUAGCUGUGGAAGAUGGAUCCCCUGCAGAGGACACCCUUCAGGUGGAUUCAACAUAUUUGGAUUUGGAUGAGUCCACUAAGACCUUAAGCGGUUCUGCAUAUUCUAAGACAAAUAGUUAUCAAGAUGAAGUAUGUAGAGAUGAUGGAAAUGAGGAAUCAGCUUCAUCAGGGAAGCAUGAACAAAGCUAUGUCGUAGAUGGCUCUGAUGUGAUCUCCUUUGUCACGCCAAUAGCUACGCCAUAUGCAAAUGGUGCAGAUGAUCAUUGCAAUAAUGUAGACCUGAAAACUCAGGAAAGCAAUUAUUUACAGGAGUCUAGCUAUGUUGAACUUGGGUCAAAUCAGGGUUCACAUGCUUCAUCAACCAGUUCAAAACAUGGCUAUGGUGGUAACGAUGGGACAAUGAGUGGCAAUCAGGUGGCUGAUUCAGAAGAUUUUGAUCGGGCUUGUCCUUGUGGUAGUAAUUCGGUUGUCCCUGGGGAAAGCCGUCUAGAACAAUCAUCUAUAGAUUUGGAGGUAGAGAAUGCUGUGGUUCAGCUGGCUCCAACACCUGUUCAAGAAUGCAUACCAGACGCUCCAAAAGGCAGCCUUCAAUUAGCAGUUGUGGAUCCGCUAUAUAGUGAUUCUGAGAAACCAGAAUCAAGUGGUUCUUAUGAUGGUUCGAAUAAAGACGUACCUUCUGGUGAUAUGGUUGACUUUGAGGAUGAGUCUGCCAUGAACAAUGUAGUUACACGAUCAGGGCAAAUUUGUAGAAUCGAUCUGCUGGAGGAUAUAAUUGAAGAUGCAAGAAACAACAAGAAAACCCUGUUCUUAGCGAUGGAAUCAGUGAUCAGCUUGAUGAGAGAAGUGGAACUUCAAGAGAAAGCUGCAGAACAAGCCAAGGAAGAAGCUGCUAGGGGGGGCUUUGAUAUUCUCCUCAGGGUUGGGGAUCUCAAACAGAUGCUACAACAUGCAAAAGAAGCAAACAACAUGCAUGCUGGAGAAGUUUUUGGAGAGAAGGCUAUCCUAGCAACUGAAGCGAGGGAACUUCAAUCUCGCCUGCUCAGCUUGGCAGACGAAAGAGAUAAAUCUCUCGCAAUUCUUGAUGAUAUGCGUAGAAAUAUUGAGGAACGAUUGGAAGCAGCAGAAACAGAGAGGAAAGUAGCAGAGGAAGAGAAGAAGGAAAAGGAAGCGUCUGCAAGAAUUGCACUUGCUGAGCAACAACUGAUCAUGGAGAAGGUGGUGGAAGAAUCAAAGAUAUUAAAGCAAGAAGCAGAGGAAAAUUCCAAGUUACAGGAGUUCCUAAUGGACCGUGGUCGAUUUGUGGAUGUGUUGCAAGGAGAGAUCUCUGUUAUUUGUCAGGAUGUGAAGCUGCUGAAAGAGAAGUUUGACGAGCGUGUUCCACUUAGCAAAUCUCUUUCCUCUAGCCAGACAACCUGCAUUUUAGCUUCUUCAAGUUCAUCCCUUAAGAGCAUGUCUCCUGAUCUUGUUCCUGAACUAGCCGAGUCGACUGCCAAGAAGACAAGCCCAAGUCCCUCGGUUGAUUACCAUCUCUCCUCUGGAGGGGAGGAGAGUGACAGAGAGGAUCGCAAGGCAUUAACUGAUGAUGGAUGGGAAUUCUUUGACAACCGUGAAUUUGACACGUGAAUUUGCUACAUUGUGGAUACUGGAUACUGCAGGGAAACAGAACUAUUAAGAGUACCGGUUUAUGUGGUGUUAGUAAUGUAGUUAGUAAUGAGUCUGCUUCCUAGUUUUUCCUUUUGGAGCCACAAAAUACAUUUCUUAUAGUAGCUGCCCUUGGGGCAUCUUUUUUCAAUAUCCCACAGUCAAUAAUUACAAAGGGAUGAUCCCUAGAACUGCCUUGAUUGCAUAUAACAAGUAUUUCUAGGCUCUUAUAUGUACAGCAUAAAUUCAAGUGGGAAUAGUUUGUUUGCAUUAUUAGUUUUUGAUGCUCAA